GGUUGAGAGUUGAGACCGAGGCCACAGCAACUAAUUUCUGUAAACGACAAGCGUCAAAAUACAAGCUUUGUGUAUAAAAAAAAACUAAAAAAAUCGAAAAAUGAAAAGACCCUUUUCUCAAAAAAUUUCCCAUGUUCUAUUUCCUACAACUUUGGUUCAGUCUCUUUCAUCAUCAUCAUCUCUCUCUCUCCUCUAUCUCGUCAUCGGGCAAUCAAUCAAAGUUCUAAAAGGAUGAUAUAAUAAUAUAAAAAAGCCAUUUUUACCGUCCGUAUCCAAUGAUCCCCGUUUCUCUCUUUUAUUAUUUGCAACCAAAAGAAAGAGAGUUUGGCUUGGUGACUGAGGCCGGCGCUGUAGCCAGUUGGAUCUCCUCAUUUUGUUUACGUGGAACCAGAAUCGCAUUUCGGGUUGAGAUUUGAGGGUUGCAUCUGUGUAUGUGGACUGAUUGUUGUGUGUAGCUAAUUUCCAUUUGGGCGGCUUCCUGUAAAUGGGUCCUGCUCAGAUUGACAGAAGAACGGCCGGGAUAGCUCUGCUACUGCUUUUCUCUUUAUGGUUUCUGAUCUCUCUCUCCCAUGCUGCUCGAUUAUCCCCUUCAAUGCAGAAUCUGGAGGUGCAGAAGCACCUCAGGCGCUUGAACAAACCCCCAUUGAAAACAAUCCAGAGUCCAGAUGGGGAUAUAAUCGACUGUGUCCACAUUUCUAAUCAACCAGCUUUUGAUCAUCCUUUCCUCAAAGAUCACAAAAUUCAGACAAGACCUACUUACCACCCAGAAGGGCUAUUUGAUGAGAACAAGGUGUCUGAGAAACCUAAAGAAAUAACAAACCCCAUCAAUCAGCUGUGGCAUGCAAAUGGAAGGUGCCCAGAGAACACCAUUCCUAUUAGGAGAACUAAGGAAGAUGACGUGCUAAGAGCAAGCUCUGUCAAAAGAUAUGGAAAGAAAAGGCACAGAGCCAUUCCUCAACCCAGGUCUGCAGAUCCUGAUCUCAUCAAUCAAAGUGGUCAUCAGCACGCAAUAGCUUAUGUGGAAGGAGAUAAGUUUUAUGGAGCCAAGGCAACUAUCAAUGUUUGGGAGCCCAAAAUACAGCAGCCUAAUGAGUUUAGCUUAUCACAGUUAUGGAUUUUAGGAGGUUCUUUUGGUCAAGAUCUCAAUAGUAUUGAAGCUGGCUGGCAGGUCAGCCCAGACUUAUAUGGCGAUAACAACACGCGACUCUUCACUUAUUGGACUAGUGAUGCAUAUCAAGCUACAGGUUGUUAUAACCUCCUCUGUUCAGGCUUUAUUCAAGUUAACAGUGAUAUAGCGAUGGGGGCAAGCAUCUCACCUGUUUCUGGGUUUCGCAGUUCCCAGUAUGAUAUCAGUAUACUUAUCUGGAAGGAUCCAAAUGAGGGACACUGGUGGAUGCAGUUUGGCAAUGACUAUGUGUUGGGAUAUUGGCCUUCUUUCUUAUUCUCGUACCUGGCUGACAGUGCCUCCAUGAUUGAGUGGGGAGGGGAGGUUGUGAAUUCAGAGGCUGAUGGACUGCACACCUUAACCCAAAUGGGUAGUGGUCAUUUUCCUGAAGAAGGGUUUGGGAAGGCUAGUUAUUUCAGAAACAUUCAAGUUGUUGACAGCUCCAACAAUCUCAAAGCUCCCAAAGGGAUUGGGACUUUUACAGAGCAAUCCAACUGCUAUGAUGUCCAAACUGGCAGCAAUGGGGAUUGGGGCCAUUACUUUUACUAUGGGGGCCCUGGCAGAAACCAAAAUUGCCCAUGAGGACUAUUUCAAUGUAAACUCUGUCUAGUGUUUCUCGCCCAUUCUCUAUCUCAUGCCUGUAACAACAUGCAUUCAAAAGCUAAUGCAUUCUCUUAUCUCUCCUUUGUAUACACAUCCUUUAGAUCUUGUGAGAUUGGGGCAGAAAGGUAAAAUACGAGCUUUCAAUAUUGUGAAGUUUUGGGUCUUCAAUUUAUAAUUUUAAUUUUGUUUAGUGGUGUUGAACUUGGGAAGGGAUAAAGAUGCUUAAAAAGCUUGAAAGGAACAAAGCUUUUGUGAAGCGCACUGUAUUUUAUUUGUAGUUUACUCCUCUCUAAGAGGGGAUGGUUAAUCAAUUAAUGAAAUGUGGUUCUGUUGAUGCAACGGGGCCUUUUGUUUGUUUUUGUUUUA